AUGGGAAAUCGUCUGCCCACCGGCACAUGUAAACGGUCUGGAAAUAAGCCAACUACAGAAAAUGAAACUCAAUUACCAGAUGAAGAAAUCGAUGCUGCUGAUCUGGUAACACGUAGAGGUCCAGAAUCAGAAACGACGCAACUUCAUUAUGCAGCAUUUAAUGGUGACUGCGACGAAAUAAAAAGAUCGUUGGCAACCGAAAAUAUCGAUGGAAAAGAUGCAGAUGGUAGAACGCCGUUGAUGCUUGCAGCUCUUAACAAACAGAAUAAGGCUUGUAUGCUGCUUCUACGUGAAGGUGCACAAGUAACAGUUACAGAAAAACACGGCGAGUCUUGUUUUAUUUUUAUGUUGGACGCAAAAAUGACAAAUGUGGCAAGUCUAGCAUUAGAUCGACUGCAUGAAAAAGAUUCUCUUGAAGGAAAGCAGACAUAUGAUUUGAAAAUAUUGGAAAAAGGAGAAACCAAUGCUGAGACGCCAUAUACAAGAAGCCCGUUGCAAGCUGUUGUUGAUAAUACCCUUUUAGAAGUCAUUGAUCAUCCCGUUUUUCGAAAAUCUAUUGAAAUCAAGUGGCAAAAGUUUGCAAGAUGGGCUGCAAAAAAAGAUUUACUAUGGAACUUAUUAUUUGUUGUGCUGUGGUCGAUGCUAGCUGUGGUGAAGCCUCAUGCCCGUGGAUGUUAUGAGUUUCCGCUCGACUUGUUGCGUGUGCUUCUAUGGGUCAUGGCUAUUUUGUGCACAAUUUGGUUCAUUGUUCAAGAAUACCGGGAAUAUAAGGAAUCAAGGGAAAAAAGAAAGAAUUUGACCAAAUUGCUAAAGUGUAUAAGGAAGAGUGCUGAAAAGUAUGAGGAAAAAGUAGAGUGCAAACGCAAUUCCUGGGAAGGGCGACCAUCAAACUUUUAUGGCUAUUGGAAUUACUACGACUGGUUUGUGUAUUUUCUCCUGACGGUGGUGGUUUUAACUCAUUUGAUAGAUAUCGGUAUUGCAUCGGAUGAACUAUGUCAUCCACGAUCAAAUGAUACAACUCAAUACGAAGAUGAUGCAGACCACUGGGAGAAUGAAAGCUUGGCAGGGAAGAUACAUUUAGGAUGGUUUGCAUUCACAAUUAUUUUUGUCUGGUUUCGAUUGUACAAAUCAAUCAGAGCAUUCACGCAUUUGGGUCCUUUUAUUCUUGUGGUUUAUAUUGUACUUGGAGAUGCGGGAAAAUUCCUAAUCUUGGCUUUAAUGUUUUAUUUACCAUUUACGUGUGCGUUUUGGAUGAUAUUUGGUGGUAUCCCAUUUUACGAGUCAGUUAUUGCUACAAUGUUCACUCUAUUCCGUAUGGCACUAGUGGAUGACUAUAAUUAUGAGGGACUGAGAGAUGCGAACCGUGUUAUGGCGGAUAUCAUGGUUGGAUUAUACCUUUUAAUUGCAGCGGUAAUAUAUCUGAGUAUAUUCAUUGCAAUGUUGAGUUACAGAUUUUCCAGCAUGUAUGACAAUGGUAAAUCCAAUGCAAUGAUACAACGAUCCAAAAUUAUUCUUGGCUUCGAGGAGAAAUUAACUGAUAAAGAAAGAAAACACCUUCGUAAAGAAUGUGCUCAUGCCGAAGACUAUAGCGUCAACGGGGAUGGAAAAGAAGAUAUGAUACAGAUUACAUACAAAGAAGAGGUAGUUUGUAUAUGGUUUAUACUGACAUUUGAGUAA